CACGCGUCGCACGCCCGCUCGCUCGCUCGCGCCUCCUCCGUCUCCUCCGGAAUCCCGGAUGGCCACCGUCGCCGCCUCGCUCCCGCUCCGGGCGGCCGCCCGCGCGGGCCCGGCACCGUCCCGCGCACCACCCUCCGACGCAGCCUUCUUCCCCGGCCGCCCGUGGCAGCGCGGGCUGGCGGCGAGGGGCCGGCCCUGGGGAUCGGUGGGGUGGUUCCGGGCGGAGGCUCUUCCCGGUGGUGCCGGCGGACCGCCGCGGAGGGAGCCCAUGGCGCCUCCUUACAAUGUCCUCAUCACCGGUUCCACCAAAGGUAUAGGAUACGCGCUGGCAAGGAAGUUCCUCAAGGCUGGUGAUAAUGUUGUAAUAUGCUCAAGAUCAGCUGAAAGGGUAGAAUCUGUAACAAAUGACUUGAAAAAAGAAUUUGGAGAGCAACAUGUGUUGGGGACUGUCUGUGAUGUUAGAGAAGGAAAGGAUGUGAAGGCGCUUGUGGAUUUUGCGCGUGACAAGCUGGAGUAUAUUGAUAUUUGGAUCAACAAUGCCGGAUCAAAUGCAUAUAGUUACAAACCUUUGGUGGAAACCUCUGAUGAGGCUCUAAUUGAGGUGAUCACCACUAACACUCUUGGAUUGAUGCUAUGUUGUCGCGAGGCAAUAAAUAUGAUGUGGAACCAACCUCGAGGUGGUCACAUAUUUAACAUUGAUGGUGCUGGCUCUGAUGGAAGGCCAACCCCAAGGUUUGCCGCUUAUGGUGCAACGAAGAGAAGUGUGGUGCACCUUACAAAGUCUCUACAGGCUGAGUUGCAGAUGAAUGAAGUGAAUAAUGUCGUGGUGCAUAAUUUAUCGCCUGGCAUGGUUACGACUGAUCUUCUUAUGUCUGGUGCUACCACAAAGCAAGCAAAGUUUUUCAUCAAUAUAUUAGCUGAAACUCCUGAUGUGGUUGCGGAUUACCUUGUUCCAAACAUCAGAGAAAUCCCUACCAAGCAAUCCAUGAAGCCGACUUACAUUCGCUUUCUCACAGGCUUGAAAGCCUACUCCAGAAUAUUUUCAAGAAUUGCUUUUGGUGCUCGUAGGAACAAGUAUGUUGCCGAGGAUUAGUUUUCUUACUGCCAUCUUCCAACCCAGAAGAAACCUAGGGAUAUUCUUGUUAUCAUAUUUUAGAAGUCCAUUCUUUUCCUGUAAAAAUAGGAUGUAUCACUGAGGGCAUCUUGAGAGCACAACAAUGUACUCCUCAUAUAUACAAUACAUGUAAUUUGAUUAAACCUCAUCAAAUUUAUUGUCAUUGAUUGAAUCA